GAUCAAUCACUCUUUCAACUUCGUCGUUGCACACAUCCCGUAGAGGAAAAAGUCAACCGCGACAUACACAUCCAUAUCAUUGGUUUACAGUUGCAAGUGCUCGAGUACAUCAUCCACUCUCAUCAAGCAAUUGAUUGGAAGGGAAGCAAACCUGAGAAACGACAAUAUAUGGCAUAUGCAUACUCGUAAUCCCAAUCAUAAUCAUAAUCAUAAUUCACGCGACUUUUGCCCCAGCAUCGACCGAGGCGUGCGAGGGUACUUUCUCCAUAACAAUAAUUCCAGCAACAUCACAGCCAAAGAUUCUUCGCAUCAGAGAGAAGCAUUUUCCCUCGAUGGUCAAUAGUAUCCACGUCAAAGCGUAUCAAGCAACGAUUGGGGAUCUGAUAUAUUAAUCGCACAUCUUUGAGAAAUACCAUUUCUUCCACACUCGGAUCUCAUGAGGGGUUUGCAGGGUGCGUGAGAAUCAAAGCUCCAUACAAUAAACAACCCCUCAGAAUACCGAAAGAAAACAUCUGGGGAUAAGGAAGACCGUCACCGUCACCGUCACCGUCACCACCACCAUCGUCAUCAUCAUCAUGUUUGGUAAUUUUGCAAGUUUUGCACCGCAACCUACCACAGCUGAUGGUAAGCCUCGGACCAUCCCACCACCAACUCCACUCACGUUUCCUUCAAGUACACCCCAAUCGCCAGAGUAUGUUUCUUCAGGCGAUGUACCCCUAGUCACGUUUCUUCAGACUAUUCAUCGACCAACGGAUAUAAAAUCAUCCCAUUUCGAAAGACUAGGUGUUCACGUCGUCCCAAAUGUAUCUCCUCAAGAGUUCUUACCGGAUCCUUCGUUCCUCCCCCCGGAUGAAGAAUGGACAAAUAUCUCCGAAGAAGAUUUAGAAGAUGCAACGACAGCAAGUAAAAAGCUUUUAAGUAAUGGCAAUAAAGGUCCUGGAGUGAAAGCUUAUCUGGACCGCCGAAGGGAACUUUCGAUUGACAAUACAGCUGCUUUUCGCACUGUCAGGAGAAUUCCCCAAGUAAAGGGCACACCAGUAGCUCGUUUGGGCAAUGCGUAUGAAUUCUACAAGAAUUUGGAAGUCUUCUCGGGCUACUGGGUUGACACCUCGCUUCCAAAAAUCGCCACCUCUCCUUCUGACGCCGCCGAAAAUGGUGCCGAGAAUCAAAGCGGAGAAACCAAAGAAGGUGAAGCUAAAAUUCCGCUCCAUCAACAAACUCACGUCCGGACUGGCACUGGUUCCCAGCUCCCUCACGAAUUCCGUCAAGGUCUUACAACUUCCUUCAUGAAACUCGUCGCCUACGACUUCGGCUGUAACGUUUCCUUUCCACGUGUCGAACCUCGUCUCCAUAUUCAUCCACCAAAGUCACAAUCCUCAUUCCCUCCAUCUCAGUUCUCCGCUAUGGGCAUCACUAUGAUCUACCGUGCUCCUACCGACCGAAAUUCCUCUCGCGCAGGCAUCCUUGAAGGUCCCCUAGCAGCUCUCUCAUGCCGGUCAUCAACAUCCUUCACCACUCCCCUCGACUCUAACCUAGAUCUUGCUCGUGAAGUAAUCACGAUAUUGCUCACGGCUCAACAAAGGAACCGUGAAGGGAAGACCGAAAAGCCUUUUGGUGAGGGGAAGUGGUGGACUACUGUUCCUCGCUGGGGUGGUGGGAAAGGUGGUCCUAUCGGCAAAGAAAUUGAACCAACCUCUUCUAAUUCUUCGUCCGCUUCUUCAUCUUCAGGAGAUAAAUCCAUUAUUUCUGACAUCAAAUCUAAAAUCGGCGGUAUAAAUCCCCUCCCUUCUCUUCAAUCCAUGACUCCGGAAAGACGCCCCCCUCAGAAGAAGCCUCGCACAACGCGUCAAGGCGGUCAAUCUCAGAUGUAUGAAAAUUACCGCAAAAUGAUGCCCCCGUCCAGCACGUGGGAUAAAAAGGUACGUUACAUGGCGAUUGGCAAACCGGGUGGUGUGCAGGGGAAUCUGGAUGAUGUGUUUUUGGUUAGUUGUUUGAAUCACCAUAUUAGCUUUCUGAGGGGAAGAGUUGGGGAGGAGAUUCUAGAGAUUCUGGAUGGGGAGAAGGUUGGAGAGGGGGGGUAUGGGAGAACGGUGAUUUGGAGAACGAAGUGGUAUGAUUUGUUCAAGAAAGAGGAUAGAGUGGAGGCUAUGCAAAUUAUCUGGGGAAUAAUGGCUUGGGGGAUGAGGGGGGAGGAGACCAGGGAGGGGAAGGUGGAUGAGGGAGGGCAAGAGAAAAUGGAUAUGAAUAAGUAGGUUAAUGGUAACUUGGAAAAUGGUUGCUGUGCUUGUAGCAUCUCUUCGUAGAUGCAUUUGGAUUUGGGCUCAGUGAAUUAUUCUUGCAUGUUCUGAAGCGUGCUUGAAUGCGGAUGAAUGGAAAGGAAUGGAAAGGAAUGGAUAUCGAAAGCGAGCUAGCCAGAGAUGAUUGAAAAAUUGGAGAGAUAAAAGGACGAAUGAUCUAACGGAUGAACGAAUGGAUGGAUGAAUGGGUGGAUGGAGAGUACAUACAUACCAUAGAUAGACGAGCAUGAAAAUCAAAAUGCUUGCUGGAUAUUUGAAAUGGAUGAAAGUGGGCAGUAUCCA